AUGUCUGGCAACUUUAGUAUGUCUGGCGGUCUGGACCAUGACGAACUCGAGUCCAACGCGGGCUUGCAGUCACUCUUGGCUCAGCUCCGUCGGACCUCGAACCAGGAAGCUGGCGGUUCCACCCAUGCGCAGAAUCUGCUGUCGCAGUUCAAUUCCUACACCCAGCCUCCUCAAAACCCUCAAUUCGGCCAGCAGGCCGGUUUUGAUUCCUCUCGCAUGGGAGACUCGUUCAACGAUGCCAUGGCCUCGCAUCUCCCUGCCGCUCCCACACCGCCCGUGGGUGGUGCCUUCCCCAAUGCCCAGUUCCCGCCCAACAUGCCGGGGUCCAUGGCUUCGGGAAGGCCCGACUCCGACCGCACCAACAGCUCGCAUCUGCUGAACCUUCUCAAGUUCAGCGGCUCCAAUGCUCAGUCGGCCGCCGGCCCCCCCUCUUCGGGCCACCACGAGCCUGUUCACCGAGAGUCCAACCUGCGACACUCGUCCCUCCCGCCUAAUCUCAUUCAUGCGCCGGCCCCUGCACCUUCCGACCCCUCCGGCCUGCUCGCUGCCCUUAUGCAGGGUAGCCUGAAGGAGGAGGCUCCCAAGCCGGAGCCGCCAGCUGCUCAGCAGCCGUCGUGGGCGUCGACGUCCAAUUCGUCCGAGACCCAGCAGUACCUUCUCAACCUGCUCAACCGGCCCAAGCCGAGCCAGAACGAUGCGACCUUCUCGACCGAGUCGACCAAGUCGGUGAGAAUGACGCCUGGUUCUUCGAGCGACCAUGCGAAUGAGAACACGGCGAGCUACAAAUCUCUUGAGGAGGCAUUGGCCAGCAGCCCGCAGGUUCCAGCGCAGGCCCCGUCCGUUCCCACAAGCACCUUCGACUUUGAGUCCCCGAAGCCCAAGGCACAAGAGCAGCCUGCUUCAAGGUCGACCAUGUUCGACUACUCCAACCCCUUCGAUGAUCUCGCCGCCGCCUCUCCUCUGCGUCGGACGCCCAAGGGCUCCACUACGCCUGGCGGUUCUGCGGCGCAGGCUACCCCUAGCCAGGCCACGAUGCCGAUCCAGAUCCUCAAGAAGCCUGGCUCGAUCCGUGGUGCUCAGGACGAGAAGCCCUCGAGCCGGGACGCCAGUCCCAGCGUGCGGUCCGACAAUAUUCGUAUUGUCGAUGUCUCCCCGGCAGAUCGUGGAGUCUCUGACAAGGCUUCGGCCGCUGGCGACAUCAAGUCGCCAGAGACAGUGGCGGAGGCCGUCAGUAGUCUUGCUGAGAAAGCAGACCAGGAGGCCCAGGAUGCACUGGCCCUCGCCGAGGAGGAGAGCGCCCAGGCAGAGAUCGCCAAGGACUUGGACGACAUGCUGAAUGCCAAGACCGAAGACGAAUUCGAAGCUGCCUCACAGGUCGCAGCUCAAGCCAUCCAGAAGGAGCUUGCCAAGGAGAAGAAUCACGACGCCCUCGACACCGCGUUCCCUCCUGACGUGGCCAAGUCGGUCAAGGAGAUUGUGGACGAGGCGGCUAACGGGCAUGUGGCCGACAGCUGGGAGAGCGCCGAGGCUGAUGAGAUCGUCGUCAUUGAGGAGACUGCUGCGCCUGUCAAGGUGUUCAAUUUCCCCAUGAAGCCCUGGAUUUCCAUUACUGUUCAGGAGGACGCGAACGAGGUCCGGCCCGUCCUCCGUGACGAGACUAUAAUCGAUAUCGCUCGUCUGAAGAAGGAAUUCGACCAGAUCGACCGCAACCUGGUCACCUCCACGGAGAGCUACAUAACCUAUGGCAUGUCCAAGGCCGGCGGCCUUCGUGUUAUUCGGCAGUCUGACGGCACAGACGCCAAGCUCUUCACCGACACCAAGGACCGCAUUUUCAAUGUUGCCAUGUCCUCGUCGGCCCCGGACCAGUCUGUCGUCCAGCGAGACGCUAUCCUCGGCACUGGCAUCAGCGGCACUGUCUAUUGGGUCCAGAUCAGGGAUGGAGACAAGGACCACAUCGAGGACGCCCAUCCCGAGCAGUACGGGUUCGCACUCCCGCCUAUCAGCUCGCAGGAAGGCGAUGCCCCCGGUGGUGUGCUCAAGACACGCGCGCGUAUUUCAACGAUCCAUCCCGAGUACUUUGCUGUCGGCCGCGGCAAGUCUAUCAACAUCGUCUGGCCCGGAUUCAUCCUGCAGAACAAUCUGUUCAAGGCCGGUCACGAUCGCGUGGUUGACACGGAUAGGCUGGCCAAGCAGUGUGCUCUGAAGAUCAACACCGGUAAGGCCGGCAAGGACUUCACCUUCAGCCAGGACGACACAGUCGUUGUGUCCCUUGACAAGUCGGGACGGGUCAAGUUCUGGGAUGUACGAGACCUUACCGCUGUCAAGGAAGACUCGGACCCGCGCGCCCCACUGCCCGCGCAGAACUUCCUCGAAGUGAAGGAGCCGCUCAUGACUCUCACGACCACGCCCGAGGGAGAGAAGGCUUGGCCCACAUCGGUACUGCUCCUCGAUAAGUUGAGGCCAUACCAGAAACGUGGCGCUUUGCGAUACAUGAUUGUUGGUAUGAAACAGAACCACACGCUGCAGCUCUGGGAUCUUGCCCUGGGCAAGCCUGUUCAGGAGUUCAAUCUGCCUCACAGCAAGGAGUCGGAUGCCGUCUGCAGCGUCAUGUAUCACCCCCCGACCGGCAUGAUUGUGGUCGGCCACCCAACGCGCAACUCGAUCUACUUCCUUCAUCUGUCCGCGCCAAAGUACAGCAUCAAGAACCUGUCGCAGGUCGAGUAUGUUCAGAAGCUCAAUGCUCAGGAUUCGUCAAUUCCGCAGCCAGAGUCUACUGCCGUCAUUAGCGGUCUCAGGGAGUACUCUUUUGCCAACAAGGGCGCUCUGCGGAGUCUCGACAUUCUUGCCCACCCGGACGCUUCCGACGAGAACGAGCAGCCUCUGUUCGAGCUUUACGCCAUGCACUCUAAGGGUGUUACGUGCAUUCCUAUUCGGCAAGCCGAGCUCGGAUGGACUCGGGACAACAAAGUGAUGUCGCCGGUAGAUGCAGUUGAGGCGGGCAUUGUCAAAAUUGUGAAGCUGAAGUCACCGCCACAGCAGCCUCAGCAGGUAGCCGAGCCGCACCCCCAGGUGGAGUCAGCUCCAGUUCAGAUUCCUCGCGUCGUUGCGCGGGGUGGAAAGGACAUCCUGCAGUCAACUUCUUCUCAGGACGACCAACCCUCUCGCAAACUUGACUCGGCUUCACCUUCCAAAGUCAAGCAAGAGCCCAAGACAGAGGAAGCCACAGCACCGCAGCCUUCAGAAAAGCCUGAAAAGAAGAGUCGCAAGAAGAAAGCUGCCGCCGCCGCCCAGGCCGCCGCUGCCGCUGCGCAAGCUGAGCGUGAGGCGAGCAACCAAACCUCGCCCAAGCUUGGCCCAUCCAAGGGCAAAGGUCCCGACUCAUCCAAGUCUACGAACAUUGCUGCGUCGCUUUCUCAAGAUACCAUCGACGCUCACAUCGCCAGCAUGGAGUCACGUCUGGUGGAUCGAUUGACGGCUACCGUCAACCAUGCUUUUGAGAACACGAAGAAGUUCAGCGAUGAUCAGGUUCGCAAGCGAGAUGUCGACUUUGAGCAUAAGCAGCGAAAGCUCCUCGAUCUGGUCUCGGAUGUUCUGAACAAUAACACCCAGCUCGUCCUCGGCAAGAUUGUGAGGGAGGAGUUUGAGAACAACGUCCUCCCUUCGAUUCGCGAGGAUGUCGCCCGAUCGAUAUCUGACAAUCUGGUCAACAAGAUCAACACUCACAUCUCGCAAGUUGUCCAGAGGGAGACGCAAAAGUCGACUCAGACUUCGGUCAACAACGCCCUGAGGAACCAGGACCUGGCCAAGUCGAUCAGCGAGAAGGUCAUCCCCAGCGUUUCGUCGCACGUCGAGAAGCAAGUCAGCAGGAUUCUGGAGGACGAUAUUGUGCCCGCCUUCACCACUCUGACUUCGCAGACCGUCCAGCGUGUCGGCCAGGACAUUCACCGCAAGCUCGGUGACCAGAUCGCUCAGCUGGAGCAGAUCCAGCAGGCGCAGAACAGCCGGAUUGACCACCUUACCAGCCUUGUCACGAGUAUGACUCAAACCGUCUCCGCCAUGGCGGCCGCCCAAACCAAGUAUCAGACCGAGCUGCUCAACUUUCAGGCGCAGAGCUCCGUGCAGGGCCACUCUCGUCAGCAGCGCUCGCAGCACAUCAGCCCGCAGCAACAGCAGCAGCUGAUCAGCCCUCCCCAGCAGCCUAUGCACCAUCGGGGUCAUGACAGCGGCAGCUACCACAGCCCCGGAGUUCGACAUGUCCAGCAGCAGCAACAGGCUGUUGCAUCCCCGUCCGAGCUCAGCCAUGAGACUGCUGUUGUGGCAACCCGAAGAGAUGAUCAAGGCCUCAGCGACGUGGAUCGGGCCGCCGUCGACAUCGACAACAUGAUGAAGAGUGAGGAUUACGACGGAGCCAUGAUGCGCUGGCUGCAGAGUAGCGGUAAGGAGCAAGAGCUAUUCCGCCGAGUCCUCGUCAAGUACAAUCCGGAACUCUUCGUCCAGUACCUGCAGCCCUUGGUGCUGCUUACCGUUGGUACGACCGUCUCGAAUGAUCUUCAGGGAGAUCUUCUCCACCAGCGGCUUGCCUGGACCGAGAUGAUCCUGAUUACGUUCCUGCAGACUCUUCCUCGCCUGGUAAGCUCUCCAUCUCCUCGUUCUGAAAUGACAAGGUUUGGUGUACUAAUCAUCUCUCCAAUACAGGACGAGCAAGUCCGCGAGCUCACCCCGAAGAUCCUGUCACAUAUUAAGGCUAGACUGGAACAGGUCUUCAUCGAAAUCUCCACCAUCUCGGCCAACGAUCCCGUUCUGAAGAACAUUGCCCAGAUGGCGUCGCUGAUCAACCGUAUCGUCGAUGGCGCUCAAGCUACCCAGCAGCAGCCCAUGCGACCGCAAUAUUAG